GAAAGUUUGGGGCCAGGUUCAGCUUGGCGGGGAAUUCCUCUCCCCCGCACACACUUUCCAGCGCAGGGAGGCGGCCGGGUCACAGAGCUCACGGGGCAUGAAUCAGCCUCCCCUCCAGGCUCCACGAAGGCGCGCUCCGCCCUGUCCCGUCUCUGAGGGCCGCUAACCCUACAAAAGCAGCGGCACCCACCGCGCUGGGAUCCAGACCGCCUGGAGGUUGGACGCUGUGCACCCUCCUCCCCUCCUCUCGCCGGCAACGUCUGAAUCCGGACACCAUGGACUCGGUUCGCCCCCUCUGGCUGAUGCUUCUGUCGCUGCUUCUCGUGGGAACUGCGCUGGGUGAUGCCCCGCAGGCGCCGCCAGGAAAUAACGCGGAGAUCUGCCUCCUGCCCCUGGACGACGGGCCCUGCCGGGCGCGGAUCCCCAGUUACUACUACGACAGGUACACGCAGAGCUGCCGCGAGUUCAUGUACGGAGGCUGCGAGGGCAAUGCCAACAAUUUUGAAACUUUGGAGGCCUGCAACGAAGCGUGCUGGAAGAUUGAGAAAGUUCCCAAAAUUUGCCGGUUAAAAGUGAAUAAGGAGCAGUGUGGGGAGCUCAGAGAACAGUAUUUCUUCAAUCUAAGUUCUAUGACAUGUGAAAAGUUCAUAUCUGGCGGGUGUCACAACAAUGAGAACCGGUUCCCGGAUGAAGCUACGUGUAUGGACUUCUGUGCGCCAAAGAGAGCUCCAGUAUUUUGCUACAGCCCAAAAGAUGAGGGGCUGUGUUCUGCUAAUGUCACUCGCUACUAUUUUAACCCAAGACACAAAGCCUGUGAGGCCUUCACCUAUACUGGGUGUGGAGGGAAUGACAAUAAUUUUGUCAACUUGAAGGACUGCAAACGCACUUGUGUAAAAGCCUUGAAGAAGGAAAAGAACAAGAAGAUGCCAAGACUUCUCUUAGCCAAUAGAAGACUGAAAAUUAAGAAGAAGCAGUUUUAACCAGCUUUUUUUGUUUGUUUUUCUGUAUAUCAUCUUGUGAAUGUCCUUAUGGUUAUAUCCGAAGGACAACAUGGUAACACAGGCAAGGAAUCAUUAGUGAUUUACUCACCAGUUCUUACCUGUUACAUUUUUUAUAUGUGUAUUUUUUAAUACAUAAGUAGCUGCUAUUCAAAUGUGAAUCUGUUGUUUUUAAUAUGCUAUUCAACUAUUUUUUUAUGAGGUUAAAUUCUUGCUGUGUUUAAGAUAUAAAAGCAAAUAUGACUCACUCAGUUCUUGGGGUUGCUCUCCCUGAUUUCAGAAGAUGAUUUAACUGAAAAACAUAAGACAAUAUAAUCAUAUUUUUUAACAUAUAGGAUUAUAAAAAGGACCAGCAAAUAUAUUUAAUUUUGCAUUUUAAAAUUAGAUUAUAUUUUAGGCCCAAGGAGACAAAUUUGAAGAUGUACCAAUACUUCAAAAAAUGUUAAAAUGCUAUUAGGUAGGUCCUGCUAACUUACUUCUAUUUCUGUUGUGUCAUUUAAAAGAUAAUAAAGUAAUGUUUUUGACUGAAUUAAAAA